CCCCUCUCCAACUUCUUCUCUCUCUAGAACCCAAACCUCUUCAACCUUCUCUCUCAUGGCUACUCCAACCCACUACCGCGGCGUUCGCAAGAGGCCAUGGGGCCGUUACGCAGCGGAGAUUCGCGACCCAUGGAAGAAAACCCGUGUAUGGUUAGGCACCUUUGACACCCCUGAAGAAGCUGCACUCGCCUACGACGGCGCCGCACGCUCUCUCCGUGGUCCCAAAGCCAAAACCAACUUCCCAUCUCCGCCACCGUCUCCGCCGUCGUUGUCACUUGACCUCAACCAUGUUCCGUCCCAUCUCCACCAACAACGCCACCACCAUAUCAGAUGGGUUGCUGCUCCACCAACAAGACAGGUGUUUGUUCAUCAUCAUCAUCAUGGUGGCAUUGUGGUGGAUAAUGGUGGUGCGUCCGGUGGGGUAGCGGUGGAGGACGGUGGUGGGAAUACGGUGGGGUUUUUUGGGAUUGUGAGACGUGGGUUGGGUAUAGAUUUGAAUGAGCCUCCACCCAUUUGGCUGUAGAGGAAUGUAGGUUUUUUCAACCUUUUUUUUUUUUAUUAAUAUUCUCGGUACGACACCGUUUAGUGACUUCUUUUUCUCAUGUUUGGUUUUUCUAAGGUGUGUGACUUAUGACAUAUCAAGAUCUUUGUUAAUAUGAAAUUUGAUUGGUGUU